AUGGACGAUAUUUUCGGGAAAAAGAAGGAGGUCGUCCCGAUACUGGACCUCUCGAAGUCGACGGCGACGACGCGGGAGGAGUUUAAGCGCAUGUUCGAGAAGGUGCCGGACUACAAGAUGCGCCCGAUCAAGGUCCGGUCGGACGAGAUCCGGUUCAAGGAGAAGGAGUACGGCUUCAAGAUGCAAAAGAAGGAGCUAAAGAUGCUGAUGAAGAACGGUGGCGAGCGGGAUAAGCUGUACGCGUACAUGGACCCGAUACCGGGCGAGAUGCGCAAUCUCGUCAUUAUGGAACUGUGCAGCGUACCGAUCGACUGGAAGAUGCUGACCAGCCAGCGGCCGAAGACGAAGGUUGAGGAGGAUUACUUCAGCAAGUUGGUCGAACUUGGCAAGUUGCAGAUCAAAACAAUCCAGCGGGACAAACGCGAGAACCUAUUGGCCACCUCCCUGCGCAAGGUAAAGAACCGUUCCGGCAUCAUCGAGUCGCGCGUGUUCACCUGCAACGAGUGCAUGGAAGAGUUCUGCAACGGGAAAACGUGUGCCGACUUCAACUACGACCUUUACACGCGCAUCGUACCGAAGGUUCCACUCCUAAAAACCAACUCCCAGCAGCAGCUGUCCCUAAACGGGGCAACGGGUGGUGGUGCGGGUCGAAUGCUGGGUGACCUCAACCAGAAGAGCAUUGACAGUGGCAGCGGGGGUGGCGGUGGUGGUGGAAAGAAGGGUCGCAAAGGUGGGCGCAAGAAGGCAUCCAAAUCGAAGGCGAAAUCGGUGGAGGCUGCGGAUGACGAGGGCAAUCAGAGUACUGGCGGUGGAAAUGGACCGUCAACCGGUGGUGGUGGUGGUGGUGGUGGCAAGAAGAAGGGCAAACGCUCGUCACGCAGUAAAACACCGCCGAAAGCCAAAUCGAUGGAAAAGUAA